AUGGACCAUUCAGACGCUCUGACGCGGGUUGUACGCACCCCUGAGUUGCUGUGCAUGAUCCUGAGUCAUCUACCACCCGGUGAUUUGCUCAGGCUGCAGCGUGUGUGUCGUUCAUGGUGCUCGCUUAUCACCGAGGCUCCGAGUUUAUGCGCUACAACCUUCACCGAUCCGGUGCCGGCUCAGCAUUCGUUCGAGAGAAUACCAUGCUUAAAUAAAUUUGUUAUCAGCCGGCUGCGCUGGAGCCCUAGUCUGGACCCAACACAAGUGAAUACAGGCAAAUAUCACUCCGUUGAGGCAAACCCAAACCUGCAGGCAAUGGCUUAUCAAAAUGCCUCCUGGAGAGACCAAUAUCUGACGUGGCCGCCUGUGCUGAAAUUAUCAAUUGUCCUUGGAAGCAUAGCACAGGAGGAAUACGAUCUUCCUGAUCUGGUGCUGAGCUCUCGCCAAGGAGUCCCACACCAGCCUUGGGGGACUGGUGACGAAGAGAAGGACGAUGUCUCUGACAGUGAUGACUCUGACGAUGCCGAACCAUUCACCCUGUUCAUAGAGAACUUUCCGCAUAACGGAGAUAGAACUUGUCGGGGGAUCCGCGUUCUCGAUAUGAUCUACGGCCUUCGGAUGUAUUAUCUGAGGUACCAGCCUACCCUGGAAUCUUAUCUUAAGCCAGGCUUUGGAGCAGUCAGAGGAGGCAAGGUUCUUGCCAACAUUGGGGUGUACCGUCGGGAGUUGCUUGUUGAUGUGACAAUUCUCAACUUCUGA